UGAUUUAAUGUUAAUGUUAUUUAUAAAUGUUAGAAAUUCUGUUGCAAGUUUCACCGAUGAUGAAGUCUACAACCAAAAUAAUGAAGUUUUCGAAAUAAUUAAUAAUAAAGUCGAUAAAGUUAAUGAAAAUAAUGAAACCAAUAAAGUCAAUGAAAAUAAUGAAGCCGAUAAGGUUAAUGAAAAUAAUGAAGCCGAUAAGAUCAAUGAAAAUAAUGAAGCCAAUAAAGUUAAUGAUGAAAUUAAUGAAAAGAAUAAUAAAGUUAAUGAUGAAUUCAAAGAAAAUAAAGAUGCCGACAAUAAUAAUAAUAUUAUUGAAAAUACCGUCUACUAG